CACGUCUCGCACGAACACCAGGCUUGCACUCACCCAGUCACUCAAGUGUAACAGUCCGAGGUGAUAUCUGACUUCGUUACUAUGUAUGACUAGUGCACAAUCUGACUCACAAACAUAGACGUUAGCAAGAAGUCGCGCGUCUUCUCCAAGCUGCGUUCGACCCAGGCAAGUUCGAGCCGUGACGCAACGUCCUACACGGGCAGAAGGGUAGCUGGAUACAACGAGACACGGAACCAGUAACGCAAUGGCUUCCGAAUUGGAUGUGGCCCACGGUGGCAUCCGCCCACCUUCGCCAUUCCCUGAUGCCGUCGUGCAACAUUUACGCCUUGAGGACCCUGCAUCUCUGCGAAAGUACCUCGUCAAGCUACACUGUCUCCUCAAUAUGACAGUACCGAUCAACCAGCUUCCCACCGAGCUGUUUGCGGAGAUCCUUCGAUUUGUACGACUGCAACAUCCUCGGCACUGGUCGUUCGUCACCGUACUACUCGUCUGCCAUCACUGGUACGAUAUCGCGGUUUCCUUGCCGAUGCUAUGGUCCGAUGUGACGAUCGCGAUGCCGCUACACAUCCUCGAGAUGUACUUAACCCGAUCGGGGGAUGUCAGCCUCUCCAUCGCGAUGCAGGGUCAGCGUACCCCUGCCAGUGCUUCUCCAGCUUCCCUUCUGAAUGCGCUCUCCCCGCAUUCGCAUCGAGUCGCGCAACUGGACACGUGCAGCUCUUACCCCUGGAUCGAGCAUCGCAUGGAGCGGAUUUCUUCCUUGACCAUCGACGAUUGCGACGACAUGCUAUGGACCUUCUUUGCAUCCAUUCCACCUCCGAACGGGGCUAUCAGCAUACAUGGUGACCGCUUCCCAAAUCUGGAGUCCUUGACACUCUGCGAGGUCAGAGUACCUGCGAGCAUUGCCAGCCUGCGUUCUCUGACAUCGCUCAAGUUGGACUACGUGCCGUACGCUAGCUGGAACGCACUGCUUGACGCAUUGGGCAGUUGUCCUGCCCUGGAGUGUCUCGUGCUUGACUCUCCCAUAGCACCCUUUGAAUCUAUCGUUCCCCCUAUACACGCUGGCCAAAACAUCGUGGAGUUACGGCACCUACGACGACUUGACCUCAGCAAUUUCGAUUUGGACGACGUUGACUUCGAAUACCCGAGCCUGUCUUUUCUUCUUGCACAUCUCUCUCUUCCACGCACCGUCAGAAUCGACAUCUCCACAGACUUCGGAGAGUACGACGAGCAAGAUAGUAACGAGCUGUCAACCCUGCUCGCAGGCAUUAUUCCGGCCGACAAGACAGCUCUACCCGUUUUCUCCGCGCUACAGGGCGUGCAGGUGACAAUUGGCAGUCAACACCUAGAAUUGGUAGCAUCUGGACGGGAUGAGGCUCAGACUAGUGGAGCAGAUUGUUAACGAGCUGCCAAUGGUAUUCCCCUCGUCCGUAUUAACACUACGCAUAUUGGUCCAAGGCGAAGAUGACAACUACGAUACGUUUGGCAACAAUUGGAGUCGCUUAUACAG